AUGCUGUUCCGCCUUGCGGCAGUACUACUUCUUGUACAGUACUGUCAAGCGAAGACAGUGAAUCUGGAUUUCAAUGUCACCUGGGUCAAUGCAAACCCUGACGGUCUCUAUGAGCGCAAGGUGGUGGGCAUUAAUGGCCAGUGGCCGCUACCUGUGAUUGAAGUGGACAAGGGAGAUCGCCUGAUUGUCAAUAUGUACAACGGGCUUGAGGACAAGGAGACUUCCAUCCAUUGGCACGGCAUGUUCCAAAAUGACACCAAUAAUAUGGAUGGUCCAGCGAUGGUUACCCAAUGCCCAGUUGCUCCUGGCGCCUCGAUUACCUACGACUUCACCAUCAACCAAAAUGGCACUUACUGGUAUCAUUGUCAUACCGAUGCUUGCUACCCGGACGGCUAUCGACAGGCUUUGAUCGUGCACGAUGAUGAGGCAUAUUUCAACGAUAUGUAUGAUCAUGAGGUUACCGUUACGAUGAGUGAUUGGUACCACGAGCUUGUUGAGGACAUUCCGUUCAUUCGUGUCCAAAACCCGACGGGAGCUGAGCCUGUUCCGGAUGCCUUCCUCUUCAACGACACUUUGAACACCAACAUUCCCGUCGAGGCUGGAAAGACCUAUUUGAUGCGAUUGAUCAAUAUUGGUGCCUUUGUGGCGCAGUACUUCUACAUCGAAGAUCACACUUUCCGCAUUGUUGAGAUUGAUGGAGUAUACGUUGAUGCGCAAGAGGCCGAUACUCUUUACAUCGCUGUUGCGCAACGUUAUUCUAUCUUGGUUACUAUGAAAAAUUCCACGGACAAAAACUAUCCGAUCGUGACAGUUGCCGACUCAAUUCUGCUGGAUACAAUCUCGCCUUCUCUUCAGCUCAAUCAAACCAAUUGGCUCGAGUACAAUAGCAAUGCAGCGCAUCCGCAAGCUGUAAUGAAGGUGGAUAUUGCCUCCGACCUUGUCCCAUACGAUGACGUGAAGCUUGUUCCUCACGACCGGAUGGAGCUCCUCCCAGAACCCGAUAUGAUUAUUGAGGUUGCCGUCAUUAUGGAUAAUCUGAAUAACGGUGCGGGCUAUGCGUUCUUCAACAAUAUCUCCUACACGAGGCCUAAGGUUCCAACAUUAUACUCGGUCCUCACAUCUGGAGAUUACGCCACGAACCCGCAGGUUUAUGGAGAAUUCACACAUCCGUUCAUUCUCCCCCACAAUGCGGUCAUCGAGGUGGUCCUCAAUAACCAGGACGGCGGUUCGCAUCCCUUCCACUUGCACGGGCACAACUUCCAGCUCGUCAGUCGCACUCCCUCAUAUGGCCCUUCUUUCAAUGACUACGCCGACGGUGACCCACUUCCUUACAAUGCAACCGAUACCCCCUCUAGCACCUUCCCCAAAUACCCUGCUCGCCGAGAUACCUUCGUCGCACCACCCCAGGGCAAUUUUGUCAUCCGUUUCGUCGCUGAUAACCCUGGUGUUUGGUUGUUCCACUGCCACAUCGACUGGCAUAUGUCGCAGGGCUUGGCGAUGUCAUUCAUCGAAGCCCCGAAGCAGAUUCAAGAGCGAAUGUCGCUGACAGAGAGCGAAAUUAACCUCUGCAAGGCUGCCAACCUCUCCUACGAGGGCAAUGCUGCCGCUAACACGGAAGAUCUGCUCGACCUGACCGGUCAAAACAAGCAGCUUCCGUGGCUGCCUGCUGGAUUUACGGCGAGGGGAAUUGUCGCAAUGGUUUUCUCCUGUGUGUCCGCUUUCCUGGGCAUGGCGUUCAUUUCCUUCUACGGUAUCUCAGGCAUUCAAAAGGAGACUGCUGUGGUUACCGAACAUGAGGAAUCGUGA